CGAAAUCAUUCAAGUCCCCGCACCCUCCAGCUAUAUAUACUGUCGCUCCCUUAUCUUUCCUCGUGUUUCUGUUUCUCUAAUUAUUACUCGUGUGAGUCAGGCGCGUCUACGUCUCUUUAUGAAGCAUUUCCGGUCCUUUCGCUACUCAAUCGCAGCUUUUCGUCAACUCUCCUCUCCCUCCCUCGGCCUAACCUCCGCAUUUCCCCCGCUCCCUCGCACGUCUCCGAUAAUCGGAUCCGCAUUUAGACGCACAAUGGCUUCCGCAAUGGCUAAGCGCUUGGAGGGCAAGACGAUCGUUAUCACCGGUGCCUCAUCGGGAAUCGGUCGAAGCACAGCAAAGGAGUUCGCCCGCACGUCUCCCAAGAACCUGAAGCUUAUCGUGACAGCGCGGCGCAUUGACGCCCUCCAGGAGUUGGCUCAAGAAAUCAAGGAGGAGGUUGGUGACGGCGUUCAGACUCUCCCUGUGAAGCUGGACGUUAGCAACCCGGAGGAAGUCAAGAACUUUGUCCCAUCUCUUCCUGCUGAGUUCCAGGAUAUUGAUGUCCUGGUCAACAACGCUGGUCUUGUCAAGGGUGUGGCUCAGGCCCCGAACAUCGAUCCCGAAGACAUCAAUGUUAUGUUUGCAACCAACGUCACUGGUCUGAUCAACCUGACCCAAGCCGUCCUUCCCAUCUUUAAGAAGCGCAGCGACGGUGGCCGUGGAGAUAUCAUCAACAUUGGAAGCAUUGCUGGUCGCGAGCCCUACCCCGGUGGUAGUAUCUACUGCUCCACCAAGGCUGCUGUCAAGUCUUUCACCGAGGCACUGAGGAAGGAGCUCAUCUCCACCCGGAUUCGCAUCAUUGAGGUCGACCCCGGUCAAGUUGAGACUGAAUUCUCAGUUGUCCGCUUCUACGGAGACAAGUCAAAGGCCGAUGCCGUUUAUGCGAACUGCGAACCACUCACACCUGAAGAUAUCGCAGAAGUCAUUGUUUUCGCCGCUGGUCGGAGAGAAAACGUCGUUAUUGCCGAUACUCUUAUCUUCCCCAGUCACCAGGCUUCGCCCGGCCAUUUGUACAAGAAGGCCUAAGGGAGCGUGGAUAGAUAAUGUAUAUACAACCCUAAAUACAGGGAAUAGACAUCAGAAAUUAGAGGCAUGUUGAUCUUCAUACGUUCUACUACCGCACAUUAAUCAUAUAGACAUCAUCGGGAAGCGCGAAGAUGC